AUGACCAUGCGGCAGACUGUGGCCGGCACGCCGCCGCCAAAUUCAAAGCCGGUGGCUACGCCUGUGCAAACACAACGCCGCAGUGUGUCAGGCAACCCACAGCCUUCUCCUCUUUCGAAACCAAUAUCACCGCAGCCAGCCAUCCAGUCAAUUCGUCACAUCCCACGCCCUGACCUAUCUGCAUCACGUUCUCCAUCCUCUGGCUCGUACUCUCUGUCGACCAUUUUGCUCCAGCAACAGACCGAAAAAGAAGCAAUCCGUGAAGCAGCCACAGCCAAGCAUAAGAUGCAUGAGAUCCAGGCCGAGCAGGAGUUCCAGCAGUGGUGGGAUCAAGAAAGCAAGCGUGUGCAAGGACUGGUAGAUCCCGAGCCAAAUGAACCCCGCUCCGGAAAGGACGGACGAGGCGGCAAGGCACCUGGCGCUGCCGGUGGCCAGCGCAAGCGUCGAGGUAAUAAGAAUACCAGUGAUGGACCUGCUCCCCAAGAUCACAGACGCGCAUCGGCUCAAAGCUCUGGGCAUACAACCUCCAAAACGAAUCAGAGUGGUCAAGCCCCAGCCCAGUCCCAAAAAGGCCAGGAUAAAAAUCGUGCUGGAGGUGCGAAUGCUAAUGGUCGUCGUGGAGGUGGUAACCCACGCGGUAGGGGCAAGAACGACAUAACAACUUGA